AUGCUGCAACAACCCAUUCUUUUCUGUGAGAUAUUCGAUGCUUGCGGGAUAGAUUUCAUGGGCCUCUUUCCACCAUCUUAUGGCUAUACCUACAUCCUUCUAGCUGUAGAUGGGGGGUUAGAGUAUAGAUCCUAUUGGGUGGUCAAGAGCUAUAAUAAUGAUCAUGAGGAAGCUGGACUGAACAGACUUCUUCAAAUUCAAGAACUUGAGAAAAUACGGUUGGAUGCCUACCAUAGCUCAGACAUCUACAAGCAAAAGACCAAGAUCAUUCAUGACGCCAAGAUCUUAAGGAAAAGGUUUAAGGAGGGUGACGAGGUACUGAGGUAUCAAGCUCGAUUCAAGUUCAAGAAAGGCAAAUUCAAGAUGAGCUGGGAUGGCCCUUACAUCAUAACAAAAGUGCACAAUUUCAUGAUGAUAGAGAUGAAGGAGGAGGCCACGGGUAAGAUAUUCCAAUAUAAUGGUCACCUCUUUAAGGCUAGGUCACCUCUUUAA